GUCUGUUCAUCGAAGCCACCGCCCCUGUCCCGCCCCCCCCCCCCCCGCUGGGUUUCCUCAGCCCAGCUCGGUCCAGCCCGGUUCUCGGGAGAAUGAAGUUCGUGUACAAAGAGGAGCAUCCGUUCGAGAAGCGCCGCUCUGAGGGCGAGAAAAUCCGAAAGAAAUACCCAGACCGGGUUCCGGUGAUAGUGGAAAAAGCCCCCAAAGCUCGGAUAGGAGAUUUGGACAAAAAGAAAUACCUGGUGCCUUCUGAUCUUACAGUUGGUCAAUUCUACUUCUUGAUCCGGAAGCGAAUUCAUCUCCGUGCUGAGGAUGCCUUGUUUUUCUUUGUCAACAACGUCAUCCCACCCACCAGUGCCACGAUGGGUCAGCUGUACCAGGAACACCACGAAGAAGACUUCUUUCUAUACAUUGCCUACAGUGAUGAAAGCGUCUACGGUCUGUGAAGCUGCUGUCCCUGAGGUGGGGGGUUCCAUUCUGCAGAGAGAGGUGGCGCUCCUUCCUUGACAUCCACUUCCUCCUUCAGGCGAAAACACCAUCUCCCUUCUUCAGGACCUGCACUUACAUGUUUGAGACUGUUUCUCCAGUCCCUCUCAGCAAGAGGGGGAAUGGUGGACACAGUCUCAGUACACCUCCUUUCUCCCCCCUUGUCUGCCCUCCAUGCCCACUCUGCUUUAGACUUCUUGAUUGUCAAUCUCUGUCACAUCCGUUGAUUGUUUUGGUUUCUAUUCCCUUUCUAACUGCCCAGCAGGCUCAGAACCCCAACAAUCCCUUCCUUUCACUACCUUCUUUUGGGGGGGGGUAGAUGGAAGGGAUUGACAUUGUCGGGGGGAGGUAGGAGGCACACCAAUAAAGAAGAAACCACCGAGCUGAAU